UAAUCUUGUAAGCCUUCUGUAUAGUUUCUCUGAUUGCGUCGCCUUACCUAAUAACUGUAGACAGCGUGCGCGGUGACGUAUAGAUCUUUAGUGUCAAACAUGCGUGCGCGCAGUGUACUCGCGUUUUGUGCUUUCAUCGUCAGCGUACGAUCCACGUUACGAACGGAUCGUCAGUUCUGGUUGGACCUUGCACACAAUGAGUUAGAAGAAGCCCUCAAAGUGAAAUGGAACCUCAACCCUGCGAAGAACGUGAUCCUGUUCAUCGGAGACGGCAUGGGGCCCAAUACUGUGACAGCAGCCAGGAUAUACAAGGGCGGGGAGAGCCACAGGCUCGUGUUUGAGAAGUUCCCUCACAUGGGAUUUUUGAAGACAUACUCAGCAAACAAGAUGGUGCCUGACUCAGCUUGCACAGCGACCGCCAUGUUCAGCGGAGUGAAGGUCAACCAGGAUACAGUAGGAGUGGACGCUACUGUUCAGCACAGGGACUGCGAAGCAAGUCUCCAGACCGAAACCAGACUGCAGUCUCUCGCAGCUUUAGCCUUAGACGCUAAUAAGAGUGCAGGUUUCGUGACGACAAUGCGCGUGACGCACGCCACCCCCAGCCCCCUGUACGCGCACAGCGCAAGCCGCAGCUGGGAGUGCGAGGCCAGCCUGCCAAACCACUCCCCCUGCAAAGACAUUGCCAGGCAGCUAGUCGAGGACUGGCCUGGACGAGACCUGCAAGUCAUUAUGGGAGGAGGCAGGCAGCAGUUGGUAUCGAAUGCGACAGGCACCGACGAGGACCCUAUAAGCACGAGCCCCUGGACCUGCUACCGGCAAGAUGGGCGGAACCUCAUCGAGCAGUACAAGACUGACAAGGAGACACGAGGUCUUAAACACAGCGUGGUCAUGAACAAUCAGGAGCUAAGAGAGUUGAACGUGAAUGAGACCGACUACUUACUUGGAAUAUUCUCGAACGAGCAUUUGAGUUACGAGCACGAAAGAAACAAGGGACCAGAGGGAAUGCCCUCACUGGCUGAGAUGGUGAGAGCUGCCAUCAAAGUCCUGCAGAAGAAUGAGAACGGAUACUUCCUUAUGGUAGAAGGUGGCAACAUAGACAUGGCCCAUCACCGGGGCUGGGCCAAGGUAGCUGUGAGCGAGACACUAGCCAUGGAGAAAGCUGUGCAGGUGGCAGCCGACAUGACUGAUGAGGAAGACACCCUACUCAUUGUCACCAGCGACCACACCCACACACUGAACAUAAACGGCUACCCAAAUCGAGGGAGCAGCAUCUUUGGAGACAAACGAGCAAACGAGUCACUUGAUGGUAAGCGAUCAGCGCCGCCCAUGGACACCCGCAACAACACAGUAGUCAAAGGCAUAGCCCAACCCUCGAGCUACGAUGGAGUAAACUACACAACGUUAUCCUACGCCACGGGAGGUCCAGGGUCGUUCCAGUUCUAUGUGCAUAAGGACCCGACGCUCCCGACUGGCAGCAUGGUGACGAGACGAGACCCCAGCACGGAGGACACGGAGCAGUACAACUACACACAGAUCGCUGGCAUUCAGCUCGUGGAGAAUUACCACGGAGGUGGCGAUGUGGCUAUCUAUGCUAGAGGCCCCUAUUCCCAUUUAUUCCACAACGUCCACGAGCAGCACUACGUGUUCCACGCGAUAUCUCACGCAGCCAAGUUCGGAAACGAGUCCAGAAGCUCAGCUGUUCAAGUCAGUGCCUUCCAUCUGGCCAUCAUCGCAGCCAUCAGUUUCUUCAUGCUGUGACGACGCAAAGCGAAAUAGAUUCUAAGUCUUAGUAGAUAAUGUCUACUUUAGAAAUUGUUUGUUUCUUUUUUAGGAUAACCCUCUUUCAUGUAAUGAUUUCAUUGGCAAAGAAUUCGCUUUUUGGUAGUUUAAAUGCAGCUAAUUACUUUCUUGCUCUACAAAGAACGUAAAGGGGGGUUGUCAAUGUAAGGUCAUUUUAUACUUUUUUAUUUAUUCUAUUUAAUGUCAAUAAUACGUUGUUCCUUUUGCAUUCUACUUGUGCAUUUUUAAACCAUUUUUUAACGUAAAAUAUCUUCUGUGAUAGUCAAACACUUACUAACAACUGCAGCCAAAGAUUCAUGUGAAUACAAAGACAAUAAUCACUAUUAACUACUUUAUUGCAUCAUGUCAUAAUAAAUAAGAGAAUUGUAACAGUUGUAUAAAAGACUUGUACAUUAAUGUAUCACAAAAUAAACGCGUCGUUACAGUACUUCAGUAAAACUGAAUGUGAAGUUAAAACAAGUAAAAAAAAUGUUGUUUA